GUUACCGUCAAAAAUAGUUUUAACACCCAGAUGUCAUCGGUGGUUUCCCAUGACGUUGAUUAUUAGAAACCUACUUUCGUUUUGAGAAUUUGAGAUGCGUUACAUUUAGUGGGCAUAUUAUGGCCACAGAAGACACUAGCAUUGAAAUUAUAGAAUAUAAAAGUUUAGAUUCUCUAGUAUCAAUUGAAUCAGAAGAAAGCGUCUCAGCAACAACACCAUUGACUGUCUCAGCUUCAGCUACAGCAACAACAGGUGCAUCAACACAACCGAUUGUUACACCAGCACAGCCUAGCGUUACAAAAACACAGCCAAAAGCCAAGCCAAGAAAAAGCAAGCCUACGCAUUUGUUGUACGCAACAGAAGACAGAAUGAGUCAGAUGGAAUUCGAUGGACUGAAAGAGACUCCCUGGAGAAAAACAUGCAACUGGAACAACGUGUUCGAGACUUUGGCUGAGCUUAAAGAUGAACUUGAGAAUUUUGAGCCACUGGGAGAUCUGCUAACAGGAGAAGUACAAUUUCCCCAAGUCAAUAUCCUGCUGUUUGGUGGGGUAGGUGCCGGAAAAUCCAGCGUUUUCAACACCAUCAAUUCUGUAUUCCGUGGAAAGAUUUUUAACGUAGCAAGGAGUGGUUGUACAGAACACAGUCUUACAACAAAGUUCACCAGAUAUCCAGUGAUGUCUGGAAGCAGCACAUUACCUAUGCCACUAAAGUUCCGAAUAUGUGACAUCCGAGGUUUGGAGCAAGAACAUCUAAUGACAAAGGAAAAUAUGCGUUACGUACUUGAAGGCAGUAUUGCAGACAGAUUUCCAUUUGAUCCAAGUGGAAAUAUUUCGGCUGACAUGCCUGGAUUUAAGAAACACCCAGAGCUUGACGAGAAGAUUCACUGCGUGGCUCUGGUUCAAGAUGCAUCUAUCGUUGAUGCCAUGCAAGACCUUAGUCCAGAAGUAACUAAGAACAUCAAGGAAAUGCAGACGGUUAUGAAUAGUUUAGAUAUACCCCAAGUAGUUAUACUGAGUAAGAUUGACAGUAUCUGUGAGGCGACGAAACAGGAUGCUGCAAAUGCCUUCAGAAGCCCCAAAGUGGAGAAAUGUGUAGCUAAGGUGUCGGAAGUUCUUGGGCUCCCACGGAAUAUGGUAUUUCCAAUGAAGAACUACGAAACUGAAUACCAACUCGACCCUAGUAUUGACGUCAUGGCUCUUCUCACUCUAAAAGGCAUACUGAACAACUGUGACGCCCACCUCUUCAACCACUAUGACGAGGUUGUAAAGAAGUACACAGUGGCCGAGAGAAGAAAUCCGUGAACAAUACGCAGAAAUUGUACUUAAAAAUGAUAUGACAUUUGAAUUUCAGUGAGUUAAAAUGAAUACAUAGAAACUAUUUAGAAUACAGUUAGAUACAAAUAUGUAUUAGCACCAUUGACAAACUCGAGUAUCAUGGCAUUGCCUGGUUCAGGUGCAUCGUAGUUAUCCCCCAAGCAAAUCGCAAUAGAGUUUGAUUGCAUUUAAAAUUUGAACAUUUUUAAUAAAACACAGGGACCAACUUCAAACAGGAAAAGUCAUGUUAAAAGAAUGCAGCCACCCAUACUGUAUUCAGUAUGGAAAUGAGGUUGUAUAUCGUGUGUUUGACAUAUAUGCGACAUGUAUCACACUACACUACACCUUAUUACGAAAGCAAGUGCAUUGAUUUCUUGUAUGCACGUUUACAUGAAUGAGUCUAGAAUAUUUGAUGCAUCCAUAUUACAUUUUAUUUCAAUUUUAAAGUACUUAGAUAUGUUUAUUUUAAAAUAUAUGUGUGUAAAAUGUAUUAUGUCAUUUUCUUAUUUUGUUGCUUACAAGAUCGUUUUGUUUGUUUUCAUGAUUGUAAUACUUCAUCAAUAUAUUGCAUGCACAAAGUAAAAAAUUAUAAUUGGUAUUUUUAUUUUCUUUUUCUACCACUAUUGCAAAUGCGUUUUUGUAUUAAAAGAGGUUUGAACAUCU